AUGGUCGCAUCAACAACAUGGAAGACGGUCAUCCCGAUUGCGUUUCUAGCAAGCAGCGUUAUAGCGGACCCAUGUGCAGGCGGUGAAUGGGAUGUCAUCAUUGUUGGCUCCGGACCAGCCGGCAUCGUCACGGCAGACCGCAUGAGCGAAGCUGGAAAGAAGACACUCCUACUAGAACAGGGUGGAUCAUCCUACUACGUUACUGGCGGUCUCGAACGACCAGAAUGGUUGAAUGACACAGAGCUUAGCCGAGUCGAUGUACCCGGCUUUGACUGGGAUCGUUAUUUCCCCGAGGGCUGGAAGAAUAAAGACAUGCAAAGUGCCAUUGAGAAAGUCCGAACGACACAACCCAGCACCGAUAGCCCGUCGCAGGAUGGAAAGAGAUAUUUGCAGAGCGGCUACGAAGCUGCGCACGAAUGGAUUGUCGACUGCGCAGGAUUUGCAGACGUUGGCCUGAAUGACGGAGCUGCGAACCACACCAAGACCAAGGUUUUCGGCCAUCCUAUCUGGUACUAUGAAAACGGCCAACGAAGCGGGCCUGUCAAGACAUAUCUUCAAUCAGCACUCAAGCGAUCCAACUUCAAACUUCAAACCGGCACCAAGGUCCUUCGUGUCCGUCGCGAGGGCGAUGUAGCAACCGGCGUCGACGUCCAAACCACAGGAUCAAGCGACAGCCAAAGUAUUUGCAUCAAAGAAGGAGGAAUGAUCAUCUCCUCUGCCGGUACUCUUCUCAGCCCACAACUACUCAUGUGGUCCGGCAUCGGUUCCCCAGAAACACUCACGAACCUCUCCAUCGCCGGAAACUUGACAGUCGCGCCUCAAGACUGGAUCAACAACACAGCCGUUGGCGACAAAGUCUUCGACAACCCCAACAGCUUCAUCGAACUCUACUCCAAAGCCAUUUCGUCCUUUGACUACAGCUACUCCGACCCACCCACCGACGCAAAGGAACUCUACCUAAACAACCGCUCCGGCCCCUACACCUUCGCCUCACAAACCAGUGCCUUCUGGGACUACAUCCAGCAAGGCAACGAAACCGUCGGCUGCCAAGGCACUAUCGACUCUGACGGCGCAUUCGGCCUCAUGUCCAACGGCACCGUCACACUAAACGUCUACGGCACAUCCGGCCUCCGCUCCUUCGGCCGCGUAUCCCUCGACGCCCGCGGCAUCGCCAUUCCAACAAAAGACUUCUUCUACUCUAAUCCCCGCGACGCCUCCGCCAUUGCAACAUUCAUCCACAACAUCUUCGCCUCGCUCCCAGACUCCCUUACGCCCCUCAACGUAGCCAAGAACGCAACCGUCGAGGAACUCGUCACCUGGCUUACGACGAAGAGCGAAUACACGUUGGGCCAUGUGCAGCAUUGGAGUAGCAGUUGUCGGAUGGAGACGUGUGUGGAUGCGGAUACGAGGGUAAUUGGAAUGAAGAAUUUAUUAGUCUAA